UCUUUUUUUUUUUUUGGGUUUGUUGUAGAAAUUAUGCAUUUUUUGUUUGAUUUUGAUGAAUUGAAGUUUGAACUAAGAAUUUCCCAUCUAUGACUAGGAGUCCACUUUGCUUUCUAGUUAGUCGUUUCGUUGCAUUUAAGUUAACGUUUCAUUCGAUUAAGCGGUCAAAUAUAGGUGGUAAAUUUGAUUAUUUGAAAGACUGGAAAUGUUGACAAUACUUGAAAAUAAAAGCAAAUUCUUAAAUCAAGUUUUACAGUCAUUGUUUUGGAUCCACUAAUAUAGCUAGAGAAUUUAAUCAAUUACUUGCAAUUUUACUUACUAAAGAUAAAAGAACUAGGAAAGUGGAAAUUUUUAUUGAAAUUAUGGCUGUUACUUGAUUAGUAGACGAAGAGGUGAAAUUUGCUGCUUUUUGGUAACUGUAGAAAAGGAUGUAUUUAUCUGCUCGAUUAUAGAAAAUGUUUGAUUGUGGUUAUAAAGCUCAGUACAUGAGUGGGCAGAGGGAGAAGUUUGUCAGGUUGGAUGACUUAGACUCUAGAUUAUCAUCAUCCUCUGAUACAGAAUUGAAAAAAUGUGGGUUUAGCAUUGAUGGAUUAGGUCGUUCUGUUCAUGCAAACAAUACAACAUCUAGAUCUUUCAAGAGAGGGAUCAGAAAGGGAUCUGAAGGACUUAAGUCAAUUGGUCGCUCACUUGGAUUUGGGGUUUCUUCGGCAGUAUUUCCCGAGGAUCUUAAAGUAUCAGAGAAGAAAAUUUUUGAUCCUCAGGAUAAAUUCCUCUUGCAAUGCAAUAAGUUAUUUUUCGUAUCAUGUAUUCUGGCAGUAUCAGUGGACCCUCUAUUUUUUUAUCUUCCAGUUAUUAAUGAUUCGGAAAAGUGUCUCACUAUUGAUAAAAAAUUAGCAGUCACAGCAACGACUCUGCGGACAAUUAUAGAUGUUUUGUAUCUUAUUCGCAUGGCUCUCCAGUUUCGUACAGCUUACAUUGCUCCAUCAUCUCGGGUUUUUGGACGAGGUGAACUUGUGAUAGAUCCUGCACAAAUAGCCAAGCGAUACUUGCAGCAAUAUUUCAUCAUUGAUUUUGUUGCUGUGCUUCCAUUACCACAGAUUAUUGUUUGGCGAUUUCUUCAUAGUUCAAAUGGUUCAGAUGUAUUGGCAACAAAACAGGCCUUGUUUUUUGUUGUCUUGCUUCAGUACGUCCCUAGAUUUCUUAGAGUUGUACCCUUAACAUCAGAAAUGAAAAGGACAGCAGGUGUCUUUGCUGAAACUGCUUGGGCUGGAGCUGCAUAUUAUUUGCUAUUAUAUAUGCUUUGUAGUCAUAUAGUAGGGGCAUUCUGGUACUUGGUGGCUGUGGAACGAAAUGAUACAUGCUGGCAGAAGGCUUGUAAGGAUAUUGGUAGUGAUAAAUGCAAUAAAAAAUUUUUGUACUGUGGGAAUCAACAGAUGGAAGGUUAUGGCGUGUGGGAGGGUAUCCGAGACUCUGUUCUUAGUGACAAGUGCCCAGCUGAUGACAAUAAUGAUAGUCCUCCAUUUGAUUUUGGAAUCUUCACACAUGCUUUAUCAUCUGGCAUUGUUUCAUCAACGAAGUUCUUUUCCAAAUACUGCUACUGUUUAUGGUGGGGUCUACAGAAUUUGAGUACCCUUGGCCAGGGGCUUGAAACUAGCACCUAUCCUGGUGAGGUUAUAUUCUCCAUAGCACUUGCCAUUUUUGGACUCAUCCUCUUUGCACUACUGAUCGGAAACAUGCAGACCUAUCUUCAGUCUCUUACCAUUCGGCUAGAAGAAAUGAGGAUCAAAAGGCGUGACUCGGAACAGUGGAUGCAUCACCGUAUGCUUCCCCAGGACCUCAGGGAACGGGUAAGACGGUAUGACCAAUAUAAGUGGUUGGAAACACGUGGUGUUGAUGAGGAAAACUUGGUUCAGAGCCUUCCAAAGGAUCUGAGCAGAGAUAUCAAGAGGCACCUCUGUCUGGCUUUGGUUAGAAGGGUUCCUCUGUUUGAGAGUAUGGAUGAGAGGUUACUUGAUGCCAUUUGUGAACGGCUUAAACCAUGCUUGUUUACUGAGAGAACUUACAUAGUUAGAGAGGGGGAUCCAGUUGAUGAGAUGCUUUUUAUUAUUCGCGGCCGCCUUGAGAGUGUAACAACAGAUGGUGGGAGGAGUGGGUUUUUCAACCGCAGUUUGCUAAAAGAAGGAGAUUUCUGUGGAGAGGAACUUCUAACUUGGGCAUUGGAUCCCAAAUCUGGUGCUAACCUUCCAUCAUCUACUCGGACAGUGAAGGCUUUGACUGAGGUUGAGGCUUUUGCCCUUAUAGCUGAGGAGCUAAAAUUUGUUGCCGGGCAAUUCAGGCGUCUUCACAGUAGACAAGUGCAACAUACCUUCCGUUUUCAUUCACAGCAGUGGAGGACCUGGGCGGCUUGCUUUAUCCAAGCUGCUUGGCGGCGAUAUUCCAGGAGGAAGAAUAUGGAGCUUCGUAGGAAGGAAGAAGAGGAAUCAGAAGGGUCCGAUGGAACCCGCAAUAACAGUGGUGGAGUUUCAUACAGCCUUGGUGCCACUUUCUUAGCUUCCAAGUUUGCAGCAAAUGCACUGCGAGGUAUUCAUCGAAAUCGGAAUGCUAAGAGUGCGAAGGAGUUGAUGAAACUACAAAAGCCUCCUGAGCCUGACUUUACUGCUGAAGACGCAGAUUGAUAUGUUACCCAUGAUGUCUAGAGUUAAAAUGCUGUUACUUUCAUGUAAUUGUACUUGCUUGGAAGAUCUAAAAACAAUGUAUAAUACAUACACAAUCCAGUUUGGUAUUGCAGUAGUAAGGCUUGCUGGAAGACAUGUUAAGACCGCAAAGCUUGCUUGCUGCUUCAUUAUGACCAUGGAUUGCCAUAUUUAGUUCCCAUUUCCCAAACCAAGUAUAGGAUAGAACAUUCAAGCCCCUUUUCACGUUCCAAUUUUAGGGAGGGGGUGUCAAGUCAAUGAUUGCACGUGUGAAGAAACGCAGGAUCAGAAUUCAGAAGGAAUUCCUGGUAGUGAACAACUCCUCUCUGUUUCCUUCUUUUUUUUUUUUUUGGGUUUUGGUGCAACUCCUUUUCCAAUGUUAGAUGAUGAGAGCAUUGUAUGUAGAUUGUAGGAGCGUACUUUGGGGUGGUCUUGAGAAUCAGAUUUAUGAUAAUGACCAGUUGGAUUUAGGUUCAGGAACAAAUAUCUAGGUUUUUCAACACCCUAUUUCACGAAAAGCUUGACAUGAUAGAUUCAAACGUACCUUGAGGGAGACCCAGAAGUAACGUUGGGGUGGUAAUUGACUGUAUGAGGGGAUUAGAAAAUACUUGCCUGGAAAAAUUAGGAUAUGAAGUAAAAAUAUCUUGGUACUUGAAUGAAAACUUGAAACCUUGUU